AUGAUUGGAAUGAAGUCUAUUACGGCCUUAGCCGCUGUAGUCGGUGUUGUCUACGCUGUGGCUGUCCCCUCACCAGAGGAUGAAUGGCAUCUUUCCCUUCUUAAGCGUCAAGAACCAGGAACCCCUCAGUAUGCCUGCCACGAAUCAUGUGGAACUGCUAUCACUCUCAGCCGAGGCGCAAGCCCCUGUACUAAUGAUGCAUUCCUCACUGAUUACCAAGAGUGCUUGGAGUGCGCUGGUCCUGAUAACUUCAACAUCUGGAGAUACUAUGGAGGAACAUUGACCACCGCUGGAACCAACUGUGGACUGUCUACCACUCCUGUCUCUGGAUCUUCAUCAUCCGCUGCCUCGCCAUCCACUGCCCCAGCAAUUUCUACGACUCCUGAGCCAGUCACCGAGUCUACCACUACGCCUGAACCAGAGACUACUGCCGAGCCAACCACUACACCAACUUCAACGGGAGAGUCUAGCGCCAUCUCGGCUUCUGCAACUGGCUACCCAACGGCAUCUACCCAUUCCUCAACUGUGAGCACAACAGAUGCUCCUACUUACACUCCUCACCCUACCAGCAGCCAUACCGCAUCUGCUGGUAACUCUACCAGCACUACAGUUCCGUUCACUGGAGGGGCCAACUCUGCCAAUGGAAAGAUGGUCGGAGCCAUCGCCGUCGUAGCUGGAGUUGUCUUCGCUGCUGCUUUGUAG